UUUUUGGACUGUGACUUCAUGCUGCAUGCACUAAGUUCAUAAAAACAAUACAGCAUUUGAAAUGAGAAGACAAAAUCAAAGCUCCUUGGUUGAAUUCAUCCUCUUGGGCUUUUCUAACUUUCCUGAACUCCAGGAGCAGUUCUUUGGGAGUUUCCUGGUUACUUAUCUGGCUAUCUUGAUGGGAAAUGCCAUCAUUAUAGUAGCCAUUUCCCUGGACCAGAGACUCCAUGUUCCCAUGUACCUGUUCCUCCUGAACUUGUCUGUGGUGGAAGUGAGUUUCAGUACAGUCAUCAUGCCUGAAAUGCUGGUGGUCCUCUCUACUGAGAAAACUACGAUUUCUUUUGUGGACUGCUUUGCACAGAUGUAUUUCAUUCUUUUUUUUGGUGGGACUGAAUGUUUUCUCUUGGGGGCAAUGGCUUAUGACCGAUUUGCUGCAAUUUGCCAUCCUUUGAACUACCCAAUGAUGAUGAACAAAAGAGUUCUUAUGAAAUUAGUAAUGUUCUCGUGGGUCUCAGGGAUCAUGGUGGCUACUGUGCAGACCACCUGGGUAUUUAGUUUUCCCUUCUGUGGUCCCAAUGAAAUUAAUCAUCUCUUCUGUGAGACUCCCCCAGUGCUAGAACUUGCAUGUGCAGACACCUUCUUAUUUGAAAUCUAUGCCUUUGCAGGUACCAUUUUGAUUGUUAUGGUUCCUUUCUUGCUGAUACUCUUGUCUUACAUUCGAGUCCUUUUUGCCAUCCUGAAGAUGCCAUCAAUGACUGGGAGAAAAAAGGCCUUUUCCACUUGUGCCUCUCAUCUCACCUCUGUGACCCUCUUCUAUGGCACAGCCAAUAUGACUUAUUUGCAACCCAAAUCUGGUUAUUCACCCGAAACCAAGAAACUAAUGUCAUUAGCUUACACAUUGCUUACACCUCUGCUGAAUCCACUGAUCUACAGCUUGCGAAAUAGUGAGAUGAAAAGGUCUUUGAUGAAAUUAUGGCAGAGAAAAGUGGUUUUACACACAAUCUGACUGUGUUGAGAAGCCAUGUGAGAUUUGAUCA